AUGCCCGCCGCACCCCCCGCCUCGCAAAAAGCAACCGACGCCGAACGCGCCGCGGCGCUCAAAAUGCUCUCGGACGUCGCGCGCGCGUUCGCGUGGCCCGUGCACCGCUGGCCGCUCGACAGACGCCCCGCGGAGCACGCGACGCGCGUGCACCUCCCGCGCGCGUACCUCGGCGGCGCGCCCGCGGGCGGCGGCUGCGACAGGGAGGAUGUGCGCGCGGUCAGGGCGGGGCAGGACGUGAACCAGGUGGUGCAUGCGUGGUAUAUGGAGUAUGUGGAGAGGGAGAGGGUCGGGGUGUGGACGAAUUAUGUGCAUGAGGACGGGACAAUUGCGAGGAGGCACGAGUACCUCGGCCCCGAUCCACGCGUCGCGGGGUACUUCUUUGAUGUGGACGGGGAGAUACACGUUCGGUGGUGGGACGGAUUCUUGAAGAACCAGUGGAUGGACGAUCAGAAGUGGACGCUCGAUGUCGUGCAGAACGCCAAGGGCGAGUGGGUCGUCAAGGAGUACUGA